AUGCCAAACUUCGGGAAGAAGGGUCAGUGUCCAGUGCAUAAAGCUGGUGACCAUGUUGCGAACUUCUUUCAUUCUACUUUCAUCCGAUCGCUGAAGUGUACGGAUUCAUCACGCAUUAGAAUGAGGUCACUUGCAUUAUUAUGCACGCUGGUACUUUUUGCGAUCGCGAAGGAUGCCUUCGCUGUCGAUUCGAUCGGGAAGUUGCGCUCCACCGAACGACUGCUGGAUAAUCUCGACAUCCUUCAGGGGGACAGCAAUGUUGACUCAUUAGCACCAGUUUCGCAGCAUUCGGAGCUAUUCGAUAUUGCGAAACGUUUGGCACAAAAGCAUGAGUACAGCAUCGAGGGUCGAGAUUCUCGAGGUGGCAAUAAUCAGGGCCAUGAGCUCAACAAUCUGGAUCGACUGGAGCAUUACACGAAGCAGUUUUUGGAUCUUGCCAUUGAUAUAUCGUACUCGUCCGUUUAUCUGCUGAGCAACUACACACGAUUCGUCCACAACGCCAACCACAAGUACAUCAUUGUCUUUGAAUAAAUUUAUGACCUAUAAUGCUAACUUCAAAAUCAUUGUUGUUAUAGUUUGUGUUUUACAAAAAUGAAAGAAAUGUAGUUAU